GGAGAGCAGAAGAGAGGGAGCGAGGCGCGAGGCAUGCGGUUACAGAGAACGUGGUUUCCCCCCGGAGAGCCAUGGAGAACGGGGAUGCGGCAGCGCGAGGCUUAAUCUCUGCGGGCGCGCUAAUUGGAUCGGAAUAACACACAGACGGCGUCUGGCGCUAGAGAGGAGAGCCCAGGACCGGCGGCGGCACGGCAGCCCACCGUUACCGAGGAUAAAUAACCAGAGUCCAUCUCCCAAAGUCAAUGAGUAUAGUGGCAGAGGAGCCCCCGCGGUGGAGUCGGCCAGAGCUGCGCUUUUCCUAAAAUAUGACCAGGGGUGCUUGGAUGUGUCGGAAGCAAGAUGACGGCUUAAAAAUCUGGUUUGCACCCCGAGAGAACGAGAAGCCAUUUACCGAGUCGGAGCGGGCCCAGAGAUGGCGCCUAUCGCUGGCCUCUCUUCUGUUCAUCACCGUCCUGCUCUCUGAUCACUUGUGGUUCUGCGCCGAGGCCAAACUGACGCGGACCCGAGACAAGCGGCAGGACAAGCGGCUCGCCUUUACGGACAUGGUCGAGUACCCAAACUCCACUCACCACCAUACCCCCUCCUCUGACCCCCAUUCCCCCCACGGCCCCCUUGCCAGAAAGCCAGAUGUUAUUUUUAUAGGGAAUUCUACCAAACCUCUGUGGCGACUGGACACCUGUCACCCGGACAGCUUGUCCAAAGACUGCUUCACUUUCACGGACGCAGAGCCCGUCUGCCUGGGCCUCUCCGGGGGCGGGGAGAGGACGCAGUCGGCGGAUUUGAAUCUGAGCGAUUUGUAUCUUUCUUUUUGUAAUUCCUACUCUCUUUUGGAUUUGUUUAACGGGUUUACAAGUCCGGACAAUAUAAACUGCAGCCUGGACGUGGCUGAGGGUGACACGCUGGGAUGCAGCGAGUGUGUCCGGGUUUACCAGCGCUUUGACCGGCAAGCUCAGGAGGACUACCGGGAGUUUGAGCAGUUGGUUGAGAAAUAUGAGACUGAUGAAUACUCGGUCAGGACAUGUAUGGAGGAAUGCAAGAUGGUAUAUAAGCCCUGGCUGUGCUCACAGUACUUCCAGACCACACAGAUGCACUGCAGUAAGAGGAUCCCGUGUGGCCAGUACUGUCUGGAGGUGCAGCAGAGGUGUCCCUUCAUCCUUCCUGACAACGACGAUCUCAUCCACGGAGGAAGCCCCAGUUUUAUAUGCACAGGGCUGUUGGAGGAGUACCAUGGGGGCGUGGAUGCAGACGCGGAGUGCUGUGAUGUUCGGUGGGACUUCCAGACAGAAGAUGACAACAACCAUUCCCGGGGGACCCUCAAAAGAACUCACCCAUCCUGUCACCACCGUACCUCUCUCAGUUCCUCGGCCGUGUGCAGAGUGUGCAACAGCCGGCUCAAACUCUGCCUGCUAGUCCUUGUCCUCCUGCACACUGUCGCCUCCCUAACCGCAUCCCACAAUGCAACAGGGCUGGGCCUCCCUGCCUCACUCACCCCUCUGGAGGAGAGCUCCCCCGCCAACGAGGAGUGAUGGGAUGGCCGAUGAUAUAGGUUGUCACGACAAUAUGAAACAUCUCCGCCUCGGUCGGGAAUGCUAUGUGCUGUUGGCUAGACGUCUGCAGCCGCUGUGCUUUCUGGGUAAUUGAGUCUGCAGAGGUGUUGGACUACUUAUAAAUGGAAGACGUGCAAAUCAAUCAAAGCAAACAGACUUACAAACAAAGAGACGAAAACAUGACAGUGUCGGGAAAAUGGGACAAUGCAGCAGCCUUUGUUGAGUAGGAAGGCCUCCUCACUGCUGAGUUUCUCUCGCUGCGCUUUUUUACACUGUUUCCCUGUUCUGGCUUUCUGUUGCACUGGCUGACUACCGGAUAACACUCACUGUCCACUUAGAAUGUCCAUCCUUUAUGUUGUUCCUUUAUGGGUCUCUUGUGCAGGAAGGAAAUGUCUCAUUGAUAUAGGAUAGAUAACAUCAAAAAGCAAAGUUGUGAGUGUGUGCGUAUUUGUGUGUGUGUGAUUGUGUGUGGGUGUCUACUCUGAAGUCUUCACUCAUUUGGGUUCCCAUUCCUAAAGCGGCUUUAGAUGUAGGAAAGGACACUAAAAUGUUAGAGUAGUAGUUUGCUCUCAUGGUUCUGUGUGGCUAAAUUGGUAGAGAAUGGUGUUUACACCGCCAUGAUUGUGGGUUCGACUCCCACGGGGGACCAGUAUGAAAAUGUAUGCACUUACUACUGUAAAUUGCUUUGGAUAAGAGCAUCUGCUACAAUGUAAACAAAUGAUCCUUGGUAAAAAUGAACGUACACCCAGACUACCCUACUGGCCAGUGAUACAAUUGUAAUGCUUCUCAAUAUAGAAGACAACCCCUUGAUAUAGAAGUAUCCUACUAGCCUUUCUCUGUCCCUACCACACACUCUGUCCAUGCUCUGUGUCUUCUCAGCCCAGCACUCCACACAUAGAAUGUCUACUGUUUGUCUAAUCAAAAUGUCUUACCUCUAUUCUGUACUUGCAUGUGGAGGCUCUUAAUGAUGUGAAAUUCACAGCCUUGUUGGUUUGCUUUACAUAGCCUUAGCCCCCCUCUGUGGUGGAGAACACUACUGCACCCCCAAAACACCACCAGUAAGGUAGCAUGUCCUCUGCUUUCUUCAACUAAUGUUACUUAUCUCACAUUGUGUAAAGGGCUUAUUUCUAUAUACAAACACAGACAAAAAUGUGCUUGAGGUAUGUCUUCAGGUAUCUCAGUUCACACUGCAUGCUUAGGGGUAUACCUUCAAAGGUAUGCAUUUGCUUAAAAGGUGUUUAAUGUGUUGCUAUAGAGAGCGGGCAGGUGUAGGACCCAGUAUGUAGUAUGUUUGAGGAGAAACAUUGGGCGGCACAGUAAGGCUGAGAAGCUCAAUGGCAUUAUGUUAACAUUGCUGUUAGCAUUAUGGUUAGUGUGAGCUGGAAGAAAAGGCAAUAUUUAAGGGCUGUUUUAAUCAUUUCUUGUCCCUUUGUUUUCUAGCUGAUUAACUGAACUGAUAGAUAGUGGUGUCAGGUAUUUUAGGCCUAACAAAUGUAUGCUGAAUGCAGAAUUCUCCACUUUCAUGUCUGUUGAAUAUAUAUGUUAGCCUCCUAUUGCUAGGUCCGGCUUGUCAGAUUCUACUAGUCAACUACAGGUCCCACAAAUUGAGAAACAAAUAGAAAACUGGUUCUCCUCUCAUU